AUGCUUCCAUCAUCAUCAAAUAAUAAUAUAUUCACUACUCCCCAAUUACCUUCUGCAUCCUCAUCAACACCAAGUGGAAAUAAUGGCAUGAUACCGUCCUUUCAAAGUAAUAAUAAUAAUAAUACUAGUAGUAGUAGUGUGGAUUCACAACAACAACAACAUCAAUAUUCAUCACACCUCCAACCCACCUUUUCAAAUCAUCCUCCCUAUCAUUCUAUUCAUUCAACAGCUAGUAAUGGACCUGGACUCUCCCAUCAUCAUCACCAUCAUGGACAUCAUCAAGCCUCUCUCCAACCUCCAAUCCCGAUCAUGAAUGGAAAUCAAAAGAUUCCCAAUGCAAAUAAUAGAUUUGUUUUUCCAACACAUCCAUCCAUGUUAAUGAUGAGUAAUCCUUCACAACAUCCCUAUAUGCCUCCACAUCAUGGUGGUGUAAUGCCAUCCUCCUCCACAGCUCAACAACCUCCUUCUCAAUACUCUCAAGAAGUAGUAUCAAAUUCUAGGACAAUACCCCCAAAUGUUAAUAAUAUUCCAAUGAAUACUACCGUAAAAUAUAGUAAUAGUACAAUAAUGAAUAACAAGUAUUCGACAACUAUAGCUGAUAACUCAAUCCCAACAACAACACCACAAGAAUCCUACAUAUCAACAACAGUUCCAUCAACAGCUUUACCUGUUUGGCAAAAUUUAGUGUCUGAAAUGGUCAACCCAACAUCUAAAAAACCAAAGAAUGAACUCCCACUCGCCAGAAUUAAAAAGAUUAUGAAAUCAGAUGAAGAAGUAAGAACUAAAACAAUGAUUAGUGCAGAGGCACCAGUAUUAUUUGCCAAAGCAUGUGAAAUGUUUAUUAUUGAACUCACACUUCAUGCAUGGGUUCACACAGAGGAAUCAAAAAGAAGAACACUCCAGAGAAAUGAUAUUGCUGCAGCAAUUGGAAAGACAGACAUCUUUGACUUUUUGAUAGAUAUUGUUCCGAGAGAGAAUGAAAAACCAGCAACCAACUCUAAUAGUCAUCAACAAUCUUCACACAGUCAUCAUCAACAUGCCUCCAACAGUGGUGGAGGUGGAAAAGGAGUUUCUGCUACUGCUUCCUAUCAUCACAAUCAACAAACAUCACUUCCACAACAACAACAAUUAAUUGAUCCACAAGAAGAAGAACACAAUACUGUCGAAGAGGAAAUUGAUGAUGAGGAUGGUUUUCAAAUUGAUGAUGAAGAUGACACUCAUUCCGAUGAUGAAUUCGAGCCACCUCAACAAGAUAUUACUCCAACAAAGAAUGAAGAUGUCUCCAAGCUGCUUUUGCCAUCCCUAGAUCCAAAGAAUAUGAGCGGAGAAAACUCUAUCAAAUUUGUACCAGGUCUUGGUGUUAUUGGUUCUUCACAGAAACAAGCGAAUAUCGAACGAGAGACAAGUGCUAUACUUGUAGAUGCUCCCGAGCUGACAUCAGAGCCUAGCCAAUUCUUAGAUGAUUCCCAGACAUUCCUUCCACUCGAUAAUCAAUAA